AAGAUAUUCUCCAAGGGAUUAAUAGUAAGACUAUGGAUGAUUUCCUUGCCUUACUGUUAUUUUUUUUUAAACUGCUUUUAUAAUUAAAAAUUUUGAAGUUAUUGUUAAGUAGCGCUUCGCAGUCUUCUUUACGAGUUAGGACUCAGAUACCACUUUCCUCCCCAAACUUUCCCAAGCCCUCCCAUCAGAAGUAUCGAUGUCUUCAUUAAAACUCCUACAUUUUAGCAGUACCCACCUUGCGGUUUUACCCCUAUUCCAUCUCGUCCUUUAAUCCCUUGAGUGCAUGUCUUUCCCCUACACGCCUGUGGGCCCUUUCACAGCGGUCCUGUGUCUCUCUUCCCCGUUAUCUGCCCCAGCGACUAGAUCAGACCCUGACUGACUGGCCGGGUUAUUGUGAAAGUUUAAAACUAAAUCUGGCCCCUAAUGCGUCUCGGAGUCUACUGAACCGUAAUCCAAAGGUUAAAAAUCGCUGAGACAAAGGCCAAGGAACGGAGGCACUGAGGUCCGGCUGCUGACUUCUCUCCCGGAUGACGGAUAAAUCGACCCGCCCGGUUCCCAAGGGGAGCCUCUCCUGGGUCACCGCGCCUGUCACCACUCAGGACUGUAGAAAUAGAAUUGCAUCUUCGGAUUUAGAAUGCAGACGAUGUGCCCCGAUAAAUUUUGUCCCUGUGGAGGCACCGUCCAGAUCCGGGCCCAGCUUGCGUCAUGUGAUCGCGGGGUGCCCAAAGCCUGUAGUGGAGAAGGAAGCGACGUGCUGCGGGAAACUAGGCCCGGGUUUGACAGCUGGUGGGAUGGAGACGACCUUGGAGCAGCACUUGGAGGACACAAUGAAGAAUCCGUCCAUUGUCGGAGUUCUGUGCACAGAUUCACAAGGACUCAAUCUGGGCUGCCGUGGAACCCUGUCAGAUGAGCAUGCUGGGGUGAUCUCUGUUCUAGCCCAGCAAGCAGCUAAGCUAACCUCUGACCCCACUGAUAUUCCUGUGGUAUGUCUAGAAUCAGACAAUGGGAACAUUAUGAUCCAGAAACACGAUGGCAUCACAGUGGCAGUGCACAAAAUGGCCUCUUGACAUUCCAUAUCAGUUCUCCAGCCUAUCAGAGGGACUUGAGCCUAUCAUGUUUAUUAUCUUAUAGAACUACUAAAGUUCCAGUAGUUAGGCCAUUCAUUUAGUGUGCAUUGGGCAUUUUUCUAUUUAUUUUAGAGUAAGCUGCUUUUUGGCACUCUGUGGAUUAACCUAUCAAAAUAUUGGUAAGAAAAGGAUCAUAUUUUGAAGCAGCAUGUCCAGGUUGCUUUAAAUAUAGACUUUUGUUGUAUUCAAUAAAUCUGGUUGGAGGAAA